AUGGUUAUCUGGAGUUUUCCCAAGAUAGGAGGUAGGUUUGCUUUUAAUUGGGUUUUAAAUUUGUUAAUUGAAUGGUCAAUGAAAAUUUCUUUGGGGAGUAGAUUCCAUAUGGUUGUUGUUCUGUUUAUGAAAGAAUUUGAGGUUUUAUUAGUUUUAUGUGAAACCUGGAUCAUAUAAUUGUGUUUUCUACUAGACCUGGAAUUUUGUAUAAAUAACUCGUUGGGGUUUAAGCUUGUAAGAUUAAAGUAUAUUUUAUACAUAGUAACUAAGUCUAUGUGAAAUCUUCUUAAAAUAAGGGGCUCUAAUUGGAAUAGUUUCAAUCUUUCUUGAUAUUUAAGUUUUUUAUUUCUACAUUUUUUUAGUGCAGCUCUUGUAUAAAAUUUUUGAACCUUUUCUAGAGUUUUAAUUAAAUCUUUUUGUUUAGGGUUCCAUAUGGGCGAUGCAUAUUAGAGUAUUGGAAGUAUGUAGGUUUUAAAUAUAUUGCCCCAAAUUUUGGGAUUAUAGGUAUGGAUAGUUCUGAGUAAUUGGUGAGAUCUAAGAUAUGCAUUUCUGCUGAUUAUUUUUAUAUGUUUGUUAAAUGUUAGUUUAUUGUCUACUAGAAUACCUAAAUCUUUUAUUAUAUUCAUUUCUUCCAAGUUAUGAUCGUUUAUUUUAUAUGGUAUUUUGG